GUCUAUACUUGCCAUAGGAGCGAUUUUUGAAAAAAAAAAAAAAAAAACAGUUUUUGUCCCGUAGAAAUAUGCUGUGCAACUAUAGAGUCCCACAUAUUUUUUUCUUUGUUGUUCCCUUUUCCUACACCUGUUUGUGAAUUUCCAUCACAGAGAACAAUUAGGGAGAAAUAAAAACCUCUCGAACAUAUGAAAUCUGGAAAACUUGUAAAAUGAUAAACUUCGAGCAGUCAUGCAAAGCUGUGAUCACCAUGCACAUAUGAGUGUCGACGGCGAAAAAAAUAUAAAUUGAAACAGCACCAAACCUUAUAAUAACCGUCAGGACCCUAAAAUGUAAAUAUUUCACAGUGGUAGGAGGAGCCAUAGUUGAUGUUUGUGAUAUAUAUCGGAUGAGCGGCGGCCAACUGACACACACACACGUGCGCCUAUUUAACUGCUUGUAGAGUUUCAAUGAGAUUUAUGCUCUGACUUAUUCAAAAUCCGGGACUAAAGACAUCAGAUGCAAUGUUGAAUUCCUGACGGACUGUUGACUGCCGUCUGCCCGCUGUCCGCAGGUAACCAUGCUGGCAAGAGUGGAAGUUAUCUCCCUUUGUUUACCAGGGAGGGAUGAUUACACGGUCAACUCUGGAACUCUGCGCCUUUCAGCCGUGCCGACAGCAGGCUAAUCGAACUGCUCAUGAGUAUUCCCGAUCUGCAGCCUAGUCAAGAGCCUGCAUGUCUCCAGCGACAGUCAAAAGUCAUCGCAAAUUCUGUGCAAGGGUCGCAGUGAUAUCAUUGACAGGUGUGGACCUUCAUCAGGUAAUGAGUCAACAUCCUUUACUCAUAAUUUGGAGAUACAUACAAACUCAGCAUCAUGGAGAAGAUGGCAUUCGAGUAUGAAGACCACCAGCUUGUUUUGCUGGAAGAGCUCAAAGCUAUGUUUGAUGAACACCUACUGAUUGAUGUCUACAUUUGUGUGGGAGAAAAUCAGAUUCCCUGCCAUCGUAAUGUUCUCUCUGCUGCUAGCCCCUACUUCCGAGCUAUGUUCACCUCAAGUCUGACAGAGAGCAGGCAAAUGAGAGUGGAACUACAUGAAGUGGAUGCUGCUUCUGUGUCUCUCCUCAUCAAUUAUGCUUACACGGGCAAAGUGGAUGUGACACGUUCCAAUGCACAGAGUCUGUUGGCAACUGCCUCCCUGUUGCAGAUGUUGCCUGUGCAAAGGGCAUGUGCCAAAUUUAUGGAGAUGCAACUUGAUAUCAACAACUGUAUUGGUAUCCAUGCUUUCGCUCAUGCACAUUCAUGCCCAGAACUUUCCAUCAAAGCUCGAGAAUUCAUUGAAAAAAAUUUUACACAGGUCAGCCACACCGAUGAGUUCUUAGAGCUAAGUGCAACUCAGAUCCUUGACUUGUUAGCCUCAGAUGAGCUGAAUGUUGAGAAGGAAGAGGUGGUUUGGGAAGCACUGCUGUCUUGGGUGACUCAUAGUUCGGAAAUUCGACGGCAACACAUUGGAGACCUGCUGGCUAAAGUUAGACUUCCUCUGCUGCCAGCAAGAUUUGUGCAAGAUGUAAUAGCACCCAAUAACUUGAUUCAGCGCUCUCUGACCUGCAGAGGAAUCCUCUCAGACAUGCGUGACUUUGAACGUAACCCACAGUCUUACACUGGUGAUUACGAUUUUUCCAUAUCACUUCGCUCUGGCAUGAUUAAGCCUGAGCAUUGCAUACUCCUAGUUGGAGGCUUAAGUCAAAGCAGGGCCUCCAUCAACUGCUACAACCCACUGACUAGAGAAACAUUCCUGAUGGCUACAUUUCCAGAGUGUGAGGACCGGUCUGGCUAUUACUGUGUUGAAGACCCUGCUGUAGUUGUGGCUGAUGAAACAAAUGUGUAUGCAGCUGGUGGCAACUACAUAUAUCAUGAAAACUAUGGAGAUUCGCCGUCUGAUGAAGAUUCUUUUGAUGAUUUUGAUGAAGAGGAAUCUGUAAGGAAAGAUUUCUUUUUCUAUGACAAUGAUCACAAUAAGUGGAUUGCCAAAGCUCCCAUGCUUUUUCCUAAAUCUAAUUUUACGUUAGCUUAUGAAGAUGGGAAGAUUUUUAGUUUUGGCGGACUUACCUUGAACCAGCAUCCAACUGAAAUUGUUGAAUGUUUUGAUGUUGAGAAAAACAAGUGGAGCUAUGUUGGCAUGAUGCCAACCACUUUAGUGGAUUUAUCUUCUGUGGUUUAUGGAGGGAAUAUCUUUCUUUUGGGUGGACGGACUGGAGUAGCAGUUCACAAUGUGGUGUUGAAGUAUGACCCUCGACGGCUGGAGUGGACACCUCUAGCAGGCAUGCCUACUCCUCGCUUCAGUUUUGGUGUGUGUAUAGUGGACAAUGAAAUCCUGGUUGCAGGUGGCCAGGUUUAUGCUCAUGCAACACACACAAUCCAUCGAGAGGCACUAAGGUCUGUUGAGAUUUACAACAUUGAUGAUAAUCAAUGGCGCACGGGACCAGAUUUGCCAGCACCUAUGUUUAAUGUAGGUCUUAUGCAAAUCAGUGGAGGUGUGUACUGCUGUGGAACGGUUGAGCAACAUCGUUCUCCUUUUCGUAUAUACAGGCACAACAUGGUUUGUCGACUGGACAUCACUCGUAAUGAGUGGCAGAAGAUCGAGUCAGAUCUGUGUGAUGUUAGAAACUAUGCUGCAGUCGCUGUUAAACUUCACACCAGGCGGCUAUCACAGGUAUUCAGACCAGAAGUUGAUACAUAGUGCCUGGCAAUUCUUUUGUUGUUCACCCAUUGUCAAGUCUGCAUUAAAAGUAUAAAACUUGUUUUAGGGUAAUUGGUGAAUAACAAAAAAAGGUGAUUAUUUGAUAUAAUUUCAACAUUUUAUCUCUUAAAAGGAAUUUAAGUUCUGUUGAUUUACAUGGUAGUAACUAAGUGAUGCAUAGAAAAAUUAUAUUGACUGACUGAGGUUACCUUAAAUUCAUGUUUUAUGUUGCCUUCUAGGAUGUGUUGUAUGUAGAAACAAUCCUUUAAAAUGAAAAAAAAAAUUGUUUGACAAUACUGCUACUACUACUAGCAUUUCUUAAUAUUCUUUAAAGUAAAUAUCAGAAUUGAAAUGGUCUUUACGUUACAUUUUAAUAUCUCUAUAUUUGUGCAAACAUUUUUUAUUGAAAUUUUAUUACAGGUACACAGGUACUUAAAGAAUGAUGAAUAUUAAUCCAAAGUGAUUUGGUAUGUCAAUCUUUGUGUGCUAGAAGGUAGCUAAAUUUUCUACCUGUAUCUUUUGACUGCUAAUAACAAUUUUCAUUGUUUUUCCAUUGAUGCAUUCCUGUCUUCAUUCAGAUACAGUGUUUUUGCACCAUGUUUUGAACAAAUUGGAAAUGGGACCAGGUAUUAAAACUGUGCUUGGUCAGAUGAAUGCAAGACCAUGCACAAUGCUUAUGUCAUAUGGAGAUUUCUGUCUUUAUGAUAAAUACAUUUAUCCCAUAAUCUUCCAAAUGACAUAUGUGGAUGUUAUUUGUAGUAUUUACUGUUUCUGUAAAGCAAAAUAAUUUCAUUCCAGGAAUAAGGAUUUUUUGGUGCAAGUUGUUACUUGAAAAGAAUUAUUUUUUAUCUGGGACCAGUUAAAUUCUCUAUAAUUAAUCAGAAUUAUGUAAUUUAUCAAUAAAUUUUCUUAUAAUUUAAACACAGUGAGUUACAUUGCACAAAGAAAGAUGUUUGUUGUUUUCAUUGCUUACAUGUGUAUUCUAUUUUGUACUACCUUCAAGUGUGUUGUGCUUGGAUCCUUGAUCUCAUAAUUUGUGAAAAGGCAGCAGUGUAGCUUUGCAUUUAUUGUCGCUUUUGAAAUGUUUGACAAUGUAAAAGAAAGGAAGGGAAAGAGAGAUUAUUAAGGUGAAUGUGUUUACUCCUUUCAUUAUUAUAACUUAAAUAAGCACACACAUUUUGCCUGUUACUUGUUUUUAACACACAUAGGCGCACAAAACAGAGUAAGGGAUGCAAGAUGAUAAUACAAGCAUGUGUGCCCGCUUGCAUAUAUAUACAUGUGUGUAAUAGGGAGCAGAGAAUAAGAGACUGUGGGUAUAUAUUUCUGCUCGCAGGCUGCUGUAACAGCCUAAUUAACUUAGACAGCUGGAGGUGCUAUGGCUAUAUUUUUAAUAUUUAUUUGCAUUCUAAUGGCCUCGUGAUUAAUAAUUGCAUGCCUGAGGGAAGAGGAUGCCUGAAAGUAUGUAAAACUGUGAGGGUGUAUGUUUUUUUAUUUUUGAGACUUGGAGACAAUAAAAUAAAAUAGCAAGUAGAAAAAUAUUGAGAGAAACUAAAACAAGAAAUAAGUUUAUUUUUAAGAACCAUGUUGGUGUGAAAAUUAAUGACAAAUAUAUAACUUGAAUAAUUCUGUCUUGUUAAAAGGUUGAAAAAAUAGUGCAGCUGUGAGUUAAUAGAUAGUACGUGUAGCAUGAAGGCAGCCAGACAUUAUCUGUUUAUGAGCCCUGACACAAAUAAUGCAAAUUCAAAUCGAGUCAUUCAACAAUCCUGCAAGUAAUUCUCAGUGAAAAAACUAAUAUUAUGAUAACUUUUAAAAAAUUAUGUGCUUUAUACUAAUUUCAAUUUUGAUGUCAUGUUUGACAAAAUGAAUAAAGUUAUCUUGUGCAGUUAACAAAAAAGUUCUUUGUAUUAGCUUCUAUGUAGAACUGUAAAAAUUUUAAAUACACUAAGUUAAAACACAAAAUGUAUAGUUUUUCUUGUUUACUAGUUGUUUACCUAUGAUUACAGAAUUAUUGACUCUAAAUAAUUUAAAGUACACAAAUUGAAGCAAAAGAACACAUAUACAGCAAUUAAUGAAAAUGUUCACUUACAAGCUGAGCAGCACAUUAUUGUUUCAGCUGUAAUAAUGGUGAUUUUUCAUUUGGGUGCAUAAGUAUGAGAGAAUCUGGCUCUUGUCUUCCCUUUCAAGCAGCAUCACUGGUUGCUAAGGAGUAAGGCAAACUGUUUUUGUGCCUUCUAAGUUAGUGAAACACAUCUUGUGAAUGUCUAAUGUAAAAGGAUUUAGAAUGCAAAGUGACUUAUGACCUCAGAAGCAAUGUGCAUGAAUGCUAGCAUCUUUAGAAAAAGAUAUUCAAAGUGCAGUUUAUCUUGUUUCUCCAUCUUGGUCAGCAUCUUACAUUGCCUCUUAAGUCUGUGGAAAUCAUCUAGUGCUCAGCAUGUGUUUCAGAUGUGAGGGCAAAUCUGUUUGUGUGUGUGUGUAGGCACAACUGGCAUUCGGAUGUGUUGUAGCUUUCUUGCAUCGUCAUAUUUAUUUUUGCCUAAUUAGUGUGUAAUGUGUUGCUUUUUAUCUGCACAAUGUGGACUCAUAUUAUAACAAGAAUAUUUGACUGGCUAUUUUCUUCCUGCCAUCUUUAACUUUCCAUGAUGUCUUGCUUUGACAACAUUGAGAAAAAAGUCUGUAUGGUGCAAAUGUAAAACGAAAACUUAUUACUUUUAAUAAAUGCACAGAACUGCACAGCA